CCUGCGUGUCCUUUCAGACGAGCGCUGUGCUGUGCGCGGGCGGCUGUGUCCUGCUGGCCCUCAGCUCGCUGCUGGCCAUCGUCGCCAUCCUGCUGCCCGGCGGAGCCUGCGAGAGAAGAGUCUGCACCCUGGCUGGCUACAUGCAGACAGCAGCAGUGUUCAUAAUGGCUUCUGGGCUUUUGGUUUACCCUUUUGGUUUCAACUCUGCUACUGUGAAGAGAUUCUGUGAGAACUCCGACAUCUACUAUGCAGGAGACUGCCAGAUUGGCUGGGGGUAUAUGCUGGCAAUUGUUGGGGUCAUGUUGUCUGUCUUUUUACCAUUCUUUGCAAAAUAUGCACCAAAAGAGCACAUAUCUCCAACUCCAAUACCUACUAUUUUAUAGUAUUUUAUUACUGUUUAAGAACAGAACAUUCCUGUCUACAGGCAAUGGGCAGAAAUUAUUAGAGCACUUCCAUUUAGCUGUAUUGC